UCGAGAGCUGCUGAGUAGAUGUAGCUAGGGCCAUGUGAAAGCCACGUACACUAGCAUAUGGUCGAUACCUCAGCUUGAACAUCACCAACUCCUUACGUAUUGCUUGUCUGCAAGCUGCAGCCAUGGCGACCACACCAACAGAGGGAGAUGGAGAGCAGAGCAAGUGGAAGCAGGGAGGCUACAAGACCCUGCCAUUCAUCAUGGCGAACGAGAUCUGCGACCGCUUCGCGACGGCCGGCUUCAACGCCAACCUGAUCACGUACCUGACGCAGCAGCUGCACAUGCCGCUGGUGGAGGCCUCCAACACGCUCACCAACUUCGGCGGCACCACCAGCCUGACGGUCGUCCUCGGCGCGUUCGCCGCCGACGCCUUCAUCGGCCGGUUCUGGAGCAUCGUCGCGGGCUCCCUCUUCUACCAGCUCGGCAUGCUCGGCCUCGUCAUGUCCGCGGUCGUCCCAUCGCUCCGCCCCGCGCCGUGCCCGGCCUCCACCCCGGCCGCGUGCCCGCGCGCCUCCGGUGGCCAGCUCGCCGUGCUGUACCUGUCCAUGCUGUGCGCGUGCCUCGGCACCGGCGGGAUCCGGCCCAGCGUCGUCGCGUUCGGCGCCGACCAGUUCGACGACGACCAGCAUGGCGCGGCGGCGGCGGCGGCGUGGGCCGACCGGAAGCGCCGCUACUUCAACGUCUACUUCUUCACCAUGGGGUCGGCGGCACUGCUGGCGCUGACGCUGGUCGUGUACAUCCAGGACAACGUCGGGUGGGGGUGGGGGUUCGGGAUCCCGGCCAUCAGCAUGUUUGUCUCCAUCGUCGUGUUCCUGGUGGCGUACCCGCUCUACGUCAGGGCCAAGCCCGGCGGCAGCCCGUUCACGAGGCUCCUACAGGUCCUCGUCGCCGCGUUCAGGAAGCGCAACGCCGCCGUGCCUGAGGACACCGGCAUGCUGUAUCAGGACAAGGAGCUGGAUGCGCUCAUCUCUACCAAAGGCAGGCUCCUCCACACUGACAAGCUCAGGUUCUUGGACCGGGCGGCGAUCGUGACGCCGGGCGACGUCUCCGAGUCCGGCGGGCGGCCCAACCCGUGGCGGCUGUCGACGGUGCACCGCGUGGAGGAGCUCAAGUCCAUCGCCCGCAUGCUGCCCAUCUGGUCGGCGGGCAUCGUCCUGGCCACCGCCGGCUCGCACAACGGCUCCUUCACCAUCAUGCAGGCGCGCACCAUGGAGCGCCACAUCACCGGCAGCCUGGAGAUCCCUCCGGCGACGCUGUCCAUCUUCACGACCGGGACCACGCUGGUGAGCAUCAUCCUGUACGACCGCGUGUUCGUGCCCGUGGCGCGCUGCGUGACGGGCCGGCCGUCCGGGGUCACCUACUUCCAGCGCAUGGGCAUCGGGCUCACCAUCGCCGUCUUUGGCGUCGGCGCGGCGGCGCUGGUGGAGACGAGGCGGCGCGGCGUCGCGGCCGACCACGGGCUCCUGGACACCCCCAAGGCCGUGGUGCCGAUGAGCGUGUUCUGGCUGGUGCCGCAGUACGCCGUCCACGGCGUCGCCGACGCGUUCGCGUCGGUGGGGCAGAUGGAGUUCCUGUACGACCAGGCGCCCGAGAGCAUGCGCAGCACGGCCGUGGCGCUCUUCUGGCUCUGCGGCUCCUUGGGGAGCUACCUGAGCACGGUGCUCGUGACGGUGGUGCAGCGCGCCACGAGGAGACACGGCGACUGGCUGCAGGACAACAUCAAUCGGGGCAGGAUCGACAACUACUACUGGCUCAUCACCUUCAUCAUGCUGCUCAACUUGGGCCACUACCUCUGCUGCUUCUACUUCUACACCUUGAAGCCACUGGAGGUGCAAGCCGACGAUGAACACAAGGAACGUGAUGAUGACCUCCACCCUGAACAGAAAAAUAAUGGAAUAAUGGAGUCCGUCAAUAUAGCAUAAUAACAUCAUCCAUGCAUUAUUAGUAAAUAAUUAUGCAGGGAGUAAAUCCAGUUCAGGGAAAAGAAACCAUGUUCCUUCGUGUUUUCUUUUUCUCA